AUGGUACUGUACGUGUCUUUCCUGAGGGAGCUAUUCGCAGGUGUGCCAUGAAUCUACACAUAAAUCCAACAGCAUUGCAGAAAUCUGCUGCGUUGUUUUUCCAGGGAAUCCGGAUUCCAAUUGGUUCAAAGUAGUUGAAGUGUAUUAGGUUCUGUACAGUACGAUACGAUAGGACAGAAGGUUGACUUUUCAUUUAUUUAACCUCUUCCCGAUCGGAACCGACUACACGCUACACCAGUUUCUGCCAUGUCUAGCCAGGUGGACGGUCAUGGAGACUGUGUGGAUGCCAAGGCCAUAGCAGGGCAGGGCAAACCUGUUUCCCCCAAGCAGGGGACCAGUGAGGUGGACUCUCGGCCUCAUGUGGACAUGACAUACAGGUACAAGAUGGACUACCCCAGCCUGGGACAGUGCAUCAUCAUCAACAACAAGAAUUUUGACAGAAGCACAGGAAUGGUUAUCCGAAAUGGGACAGACGUGGAUGCAGACAACGUUAAUACGGUGUUCUCCAGCCUGGGUUACAAUGUCAAAGUGUUCACCGACCAGACAGUCCAACAGAUCCGGGAGCUUCUCUUUAAUGUUUCCAAGGAUGACCACAGCCAGUCAGCCUCCCUGGUGUGUGUGCUGCUCAGCCACGGUGAUGAGGGUGUAUUCUACGGCACGGACAAACAUGUGGAGCUGAAGGUUCUGACCGGAAUGUUCAGAGGAGACCUCUGCAAGACCCUGGUUGGCAAGCCCAAACUGUUUUUCAUCCAGGCUUGUCGCGGUUCAGAACUGGAUGGGGGAAUUGAGACUGACGCCGUGAGUGACGAUUCUCCUGAGAGGAUACCUGUGGAGGCCGACUUCCUGUAUGCCUACUCCACAGCCCCAGGCUACUACUCAUGGAGGAACACCACUAAUGGUUCCUGGUUCAUGCAGUCUUUGUGUGAGAUGCUGCAGCGCCACGGACAUGUGCUGGAGAUCAUGCAGAUCAUGACCAGAGUCAACCAUAAGGUGGCGCUGGACUUUGAGUCUAAUUCCAACAACCCAGGCUUCAGUGCCAAGAAGCAGAUUCCCUGCAUCGUGUCUAUGCUGACCAAGGACCUGUACUUUCCUCUGUGACCAUCAGGCCUGGACAGCCAGUCUUCAGGAGAACUGUAUUAGCUGGCUUAUUGGGUUAGGAUUAAAUUGUUCAAAGGUGACUAGAUUUUAUUGAGAUUUUAUAUCUGCAUGUCAUGGAUUACUCUGGACCAAAUGUAAUUGUUUAAUUAGGUGGAGGGGGGAGGGAGGAAAAGGUGCUGUUUUAAAGAAUGGGAACCAGGCCAAUUACAGACAGAUGGCAGUCUAAUCACUUCUAAUGCAUUUCAGUAUUCUACAGAAAAAAAUGAAAGGGUAGAAACCCAUGGAGAUUUUAAAUUAACAAUAGGUAGUUUUUUAGGUAGUAAUUUAUUUGUCAAGGUUCUAAUGAAGGAUAGCUGAUGUUUGAAUAGCAUAUUAGUAGUGCAGGAAAUCAACAUUACAAAAUGUCAAUAAACAAUUUCAGCACAGUUUUGCUAUAAAUAAAAUGCUAACAUUUGGUAAUGUGAAUUAGUAAUUUGUGAUUAGGGCUGCAACUAACGAUUAUUUUAGCAAUCGAUUAAUCUGUCGAUUC